AGAGAAUUGUGGCGGACCUGUUUUUUUGAUUCUUCUCAUUUUUUUUCUCUAGAUUUGUAUUUACCUGCUCUUUACGAUGGAGACAGCGGUGUCACUGGUGGGUGCCGCUGCCUCUCCCCUCACGCAGCUGUCCAACGCCGUGGAUCUCCCCUCGGCGGCCGCUUCAGGCGAUAAUGAGGAGACGCACCGACACAAGGGAGGUGCCCUGCACGAUCGACUGCUGGUCCACCAUCAUGAGGCCAUCGAGAAGUUUAAGGCUGCAGCGCGGCAAUACAACCACGAAGUUGAUGGAGCUCAGCAAGAGCGAAUUGAGGCGCUGCACAGGACGAUAGCGGAGAGCCACAGGGCAACCGCGGCGCUGCUUGCGGCGGAGGAGCGGCAACUCGCGGAGUGCGUCAGCGAAUGGCAAGUACAUGAAGAUGCAGUACAGCGCGCCGCUCCGGACGACAUCCUGCCCCUGUACACCGAUCUCUACCACCCCACACCGGACGAGCACGGGCGAGCGAAGGCGCUGCACCUCAUGAAGCACGACCGGCUGCGCAUUGUGCUUCACUUCGUCAACUUACACGACCAUUAUGAAGCGCGCAUGGCCGCCAUCGAGGAGUUCUUUCGUGCGAUGGAGGACGCCGAGGAUGCGCGGCGGGCACACAUCCAGAACGCGGUGCGGGACCUCAUGGCGAGCCUCACGAGAAUUGCGGUGACGAGCACGACAGAGUCGCAGGUGCUGGCGCAGCGCAUCCUGCACCACACAAACGAGCAGCUUGGACAAAACCAUCUCGCCAAGCAGACGCUCGCCACUCAGCUGCGCCAACGUGAGUUAUUGAAGCACCAACAAUAUCAGAACGCCCUCGCCGUCGUGUAUCGCGGCACGCAGCAGCACAUGGCGAAGCGACACAUCACGUGGACCGUGACGGUGCUGCGCUCCAAGGUGUUCCGUCGACCGGAGGGGAGGAUGCAGUCGGUGCACGCCGCCGGGCAACUCAUCGCCUCCAUCCGCAAAGAGGCGGAGGAGCUCGUACGCGGUCUGACCGACGUCGUCACCUCGCUCCGUGUCGCCCAGCCGAGCACCGUUACGGCGGAUUCGCAGGUGUGCGGCGGCAGCGGCCCCAACGGCUGGUUACGCAGCUUCCAGUCCAGCGUGCAUCAGCCGGACGUCUUUGCCGGUGAGGACCCCCGCGCGGUGUUGGAGGAGGCGCGGAUGCGGGCGAGCGUCCUCUUGCGCCACUGCCGUGCCCGCUGCGACGACUUCAACGUGCGUCUGCGCGCCGAGGAGGACGCACGGGCACAGGCGGCCGCCACGUUGGCCGCUCAUGCCUGCGAUGACAUCGCCGUCAUCGCCGCGCCGCUCAACGAGGAGAUCGCGUUGCUGCGUAGAGCAUCGUUUGCGCAGGAGGGCGUCGCCGCUGACGGCAGCGAUGCGGACGGCGUAGCGGCUGUUGAUGCCCCCCUGCGUUCCCUUACGCAGCCGCAUUCCGAUGUGCUCCGCAUAAAGGAGACGACGUCAGACACCCCGACGUGGUCGCAGUGUGUGCCCGCUAUUGUCCACGAAGGGCAUUGGUUUGCGCGGGUGGUCUCGCGUGGGCUACUGAACGGCUGCCAGCUCUUCUUUGCCUACACAACGACCUCAAACAGCAGCAUGCUGGUGCACCUAGAAGGUGCCACCGACCUCGUCUGCACCUCGGCCACCACACUGCUUGGUGCCAUACGCGCCUCCUACGUGCAGUGGCAUGAAAACGAAAUGGACUACCAGGACUCCAUCGCAGCGCUGGAGCAGCAGCUGCAUACCUUAGAGGAGCAGCUGCGGCAGGAUGAGACGCCCGCAGCGGCGGCGGCCCGAUAUGCAGCCGGCAUCGCCGCUCUGCAGUCCAUCGCAGACGCACACACGCGCUACUACGAAGAUGUGCGAGACCGCAUCGCGACGGCGACAUCCGCCGUGCUGCAGGUUGGCCAAGGCUGUGUGCGGGAGUUCAGCGCACAGCUGGGGCUUGCUCUGGCUCCUCUCCUAGCAGAAGAAGAGGAAGCGGCGGUGGAGAGGGAGGAGGAAGAGGAGGAGGAGAGCGUCCCUGCAAUGGCCGCACACGCCCCAGCAAAACAGCGCGGUCUCGCGGACUCCCUGCGUCGCAUGAGCACCCGCAACAGCUUCCUCACCGGCGCCGCCGCUGCCACCGCACCGCGUCGUGGGAGUGCGUCGGCGGCGGUGGAAGAGAAGGACACGCAGCCACGGAUGUCGGCCGGCGGCGGCGAAGAAUUUAUUGUGGAGACCCCCCACUUCCGCUUCGCCUGCAUGGUGCAGCGUGGCCAAGGUGGGGACGCCAAUGAAGCGGAUUUGCCCACACAAGACGAGAAGAGUGAAGGGCAGGACGCAGGAGAGGCGGUGGCCACGGUGCCUGAUCCACAGCCCGGGGCGCCGUUUCAGGAGUUCUACAUGGGUCUGCUGCCGGAGCUGCAGCCUGGCCAAGGGCCUCUGUUUCUCACGCAGACGGAGGUGCAGGGCUGGAACAAACUUCUUCGGCAGGUGCUGCUAGAGUGGAGUCUUCAGCUGCAGCGACAGGCAGGGGAGAACUGGCGGCUGUACACGGCGGCGCUGCUCGCGGAUGUGCAGCGCCGCGUGACGGACGUCCUUCGCCACCACCGGCGCCGCCCUGCCACGCUGCAGGCCGACAUCUACGAGGCCCGCGUGCGCGAGUUGGCAGACCUCAAGAACAAAGGCGAGAAGUUGCUGGCGCGUAUUGCGGAGCGGGUAUCGCGCGUGCACACGCUGCAGCAGGCCUUCCUUUCCCAACCCGCACGCAGCGCCUCCGACCGCGCCCUUUCGGAGGAGCGCGGGACGCUGCUGGAGACGGUGCGUGUGGUCAGUUCCUCCAACGCCAUGAAGGCCGCCAUCCACCGCCACGACACGCUCUGUGCACAGUACAGCGCCGCCCUCGCCGACCGCUGCGCCGAGGCCACCCAACAACUGGAGCGAGCGCGGGACGCAAUUGAGGCGGAGUGCGCGCAGAUCCUACGCGACCGCGCCGUGGAACUGAGCGGCGGCGAUGCGGCCACUCAACUGCCCGACGACGACCCAAUUCAGCUGCGUGUGGUGCACCUGCGGUCGCAGAUGCAAGAUACCCUGACGGAGUCGACAACAGCGAUGGAGGCGCAGCGCAGCAGUCGCACCAGUGAGGUGCAGACAUGGAAAGAUGAGUGGGCCACCGUGGUCGAGCAGAGCACCGCGGAGCAGGAACUCUUUCAGGGUGUGCAGGAAACUCUAUCUCGGCUGCGCGCGAGCGUGCAGACGCUGCUGUCGGCCUCCGCCACGGAGGAAGCGGCGUUGGCGGCUGGAGUGGCCAAGGCAGCGGAGGAAUCGGCAAAGGUGCAAUCGACGAGCACCUACGACCUCGCCGCCUCCCUGCAGGCACUGCUGCGGCCUGACGCGGCGGCAAGUGCGUCCACAAGCCGCACCGCCGGCGUGGAGGACGUGCUCUGUGCAGAGGAGGUGGAGAGGGGUGCGGUGCGCGCGCUCGAGGUGGCGCAGGCGGAACAGCGCGAACGCGUCCGUAGCGCGCCGGUCUGCGGUGUGUUGGCUGCGCUGGACGAUCUCCGCCUGCCGCUGUACAAUCGCGGGUGCCGGCUCGGCGUGCUGGCCUACGCAGUGGAGAUGUGGCGCAUGUCGCCAGCGCAUUAUUUGCUGCCGCAGGUGCUGAGCGGCGAGAGCGUCAGCGACGGCCCCAGCCGUGCCAACAGCGCCAGCGGACCGGGCAGUGCGCGUGGCAACCGACGCGCGAAGGCCGCCGUGAGUGCGCAGAGUGCUGCGGUCACCGCAUCUAUGGGUCACACGCUGAUGCCCCUGCCCACCGCACCCACGCUGAUGGCGCAAGUGGCGCAGUGGACAGCGGAGCUGAAAAGCAACGUCGAGAUCGUUGUCCGACAGCACAUGGAGGCGCACCCGGGCUCUUUGCACCGCCGUCUCCCAGGCAUGGCGGACGGUACCGAAGCGAGUUUGUUGUCAUCGGUGUGCACGCUCUGUCAGGCGCAGGAAGACCGCGUGCGCGCCCACGUCGACAGGGCAGGCCCGACCUACCGUCAGCACGUCCAGGAGCUGUGGAACACGCUGCAGGACACGCCGGUGCUGCUGGCGGCGACGCUGGAGACCGAGGCGGCGGUGGCCGCCUUCACGCGCGUGGAGAGCGUCGUGCGUCCGUGGCUGCGCUUUUACGCGCAGAGCGCGCAGCAGUGGCAGCGGCACCGCGGUUCGGCGAAGCUGUCCCUGGCCAGCCAGCUCAACUCUACGGUGCUCACGACGCUGACGCAGGCGGAGGCGGAACGCUCUGCUGUCACUGAUCGAGUACUGCAGCAGUCUUGGUCGUCGGCGCUGCGGGAGCUGCAGGACGAGGCCGGUCUGCACGUCGCCCGCUGCUGGACGGCGCUGUACACUUACCUGCACCUCCUCAGCGGCCUCGUCACGCCGCAGCACCUCGUCUCCACGGCGCAGGUGGUGGAGAGCGGUCAGCACCGCGGACUGCGGCACCUCUUGGAGCUCCGCGCCCAGCGUGAGCGGGCCGCCGCCGUUAUGGACUCCUCCGCGGUGGUGAAGCGAGACCCGCGCCUGCAGGAGACGAUGCCGCUGCACCGCGCCGAUCAGGCAGGCACCGCCAGUGGCAGCAGGCGUCACGCCAGCAAAGCUGCGGACAAGUCCAACGCGAGUGCAAAGGACACCAACGGUGCCUCGGGGUUGACACCGCUGCCGUGGGGAGAGGUGGAGCUGCCCGGACUGCCGCUGAACGCGUGCGCUCCGCUGACGCAGUACAAUGCGAGCCACCCGCAGGCGGUGGUGCCGGCGCCUGCCGCGGCCACCCUCUACGUGCCCUCGGCCGCUGCCGGGGCUGUGCAAAGCGGCAAGGCGGCUCCGCAGAGCACUCGGCGGCAAAAUGCAAACGCCGCCGCCUCUGGAAGCAGCGGGCGCAAAGGUCACCCUUCCAACUCGCCGGACCCGGCCGCAACCCGCGCGGCGGCGGCGGCGGCGGCAGUGGUGGCGGCGCCCGUCAACACAGUGGAGCUUUCUAUUCCGCUGGUGGUGCCGCGCUUCCCGCUUUCACUGGAAUGCGUGCAGCUGCUGCGCUCCGUCGUCCGCAGCGUCGCCGAGGACGACAACGAGGCGGCACAGGUCGUCACGGAGGCCUUCACCUCGUGGGAGCGGCACGAGGCGCAGCUGCGGCAGACAUGGGCGCUGACCCUCGCCGAGCUCGCCUCGGACCAUCCGUAG